AUGCAUUGCAAUAAAAGGUACUGGAGAUGCAACGCAAUCCUUUGAGGAUGUUGGCCACAGCUCCACAGCAAGGAGCAUGAUGAGCAGCUACUUGAUUGGGGUCCUAGAUGGCUAUGAUGCCGAUGCCCAAGCAGCACUGAAAAACAAAUCAGCCGCCAGCAGAGGAAGGGAAGCUUCAAGAGCGAAUCUGGAUCAGGGAUGGGAGUCCUUUACUCUGGUGGACUUUCUGCUGCCAUUGCUCAUCCUUGCUGUGGCUGUUGUGUCCUGGUAUAUGCUGACCUUCAAGAGUCCUCCUUCUGAAGAUUGAACUUGCAGAUGGGCAUUGUAAAAUUUAAAUCUAUUUUUAUGGAAUUCUGGGACCAGAGUGCAGUCAUUUAAAUGUGAUAUAUUUGAAAAUUCCAUAUCGGGUUGGAGGGAGAUACACUUGCUAGCACUUUCUGUGUGA